UCCUCGCCCCGUCGGCCUGGUCACCAGGCGGUUGCCAAGGGGGCAGUUGACCCGGAUCUCCUUCUUGUCAGGGCAAGCGGUCGGAAGUUCACAGGCGGCCAAGAUGGCGGCGCGCAUGACGAGGCUGAGGUCGUGGACUCAACUCCGCAGGUGCGGCCUCGCCGGCAGCAGGCGGUACAGCAGCGCUGGGUAUCCCGGGGUCCCGCUCUCCACGCCGCUGCCCAACGUCCCCACACCCAUCUACGCGUCGGCCGGUGGUCGCGACAAACAUGAGACGCGCAUCACGGUGCUGGAGAACGGAUUGCGGGUGGCCUCGCAGGACAAGUUCGGCCAGUUCUGUACCGUUGGUGUUUUAGUGAAUGCUGGGUCAAGACAUGAGGUGAAAUUUCCCAGUGGAAUUUCCCACUUUCUGGAAAAGUUGGCAUUUUCUUCUACUGCACAAUUUGGCUCCAAGGAUGAAAUUCUCCUCACACUGGAAAAACACGGGGGGAUCUGCGACUGUCAGUCUUCCAGGGACACCACAAUGUUUGCUGUUUCUGCAGAGGUGAAGGGCCUGGAGACAGUAGUCAAUCUGCUAGCUGAUGUGGUGCUUCAGCCGAGACUUACAGAUGAGGAACUGGAGAUGACCCGAAUGGCUGUCCGCUUUGAGCUGGAGGACUUGCAAAUGAGACCAGACCCCGAACCCCUCCUAACUGAAAUGAUUCAUGCGGCAGCUUACCGAGACAACACUGUGGGGCUGCCCAGGUUCUGUCCUGCCGACAAUGUAGAGAAGAUUAAUCGAAAGCUGAUCCACUCAUUUUUGCGGAAUUACUACACCCUUGACCGACUGGUGUUGGCUGGGGUUGGGGUGGACCAUGACCAGCUGGUGGAGUGUGCAAAGAAGUAUCUCCAGGGAGUAACCCCAGUGUGGGGGUUAGAAAAGCCCACUGAUGUGGACCGGUCUGUGUCCCAGUACACCGGGGGAAUUAUAAAGGUGGAGAAGGACAUGACUGAUGUCAGCCUGGGCCCCACUCCAAUCCCAGAACUCACUCACAUAAUGAUUGGCCUAGAAAGCUGUUCCUUCCUGGAGGAGGAUUUCAUUCCUUUUGCCGUGCUGAACAUGAUGAUGGGUGGCGGGGGCUCGUUCUCAGCCGGGGGACCCGGGAAGGGCAUGUUCACCAGACUCUACCUCAAUGUCUUAAACAGACACCACUGGAUGUACAAUGCCACUGCCUAUCACCACAGCUAUGAGGAUACUGGGCUCUUGUGUAUCCAUGCCAGUGCAGAUCCUAGACAGGUCAGAGAAAUGGUGGAAAUUAUCACUCGAGAAUUUAUCCUGAUGGCUGGCUCGGUUGGAGAGGUGGAGCUGGAACGAGCCAAGACCCAGUUGCAGUCGAUGUUGAUGAUGAACCUGGAGUCUCGGCCCGUUAUCUUUGAGGAUGUAGGAAGACAGGUGUUGGCAACAGGAAUCCGCAAACUGCCCCUCGAGCUCUGCAGGCUAAUUGGGGAAGUAACGGCGGAUGACAUCAAGAAGGUCACAGCCAAGAUGUUACGCACUAAGCCCGCGGUGGCAGCGCUGGGGGACCUCAGUGAUUUGCCGACGUAUGAGCACAUCCAGCAGGCACUGACCAGCAAAGAUGGCCGCCUACCCCGCAUUUACCGGUUGUUCCGGUGAGCAGCUCCCGUUUUCUGACUGAACGGAAAAGCCAGUAUACUCCAGGUUUCUGGUAGUUGUUUAUCCAUGAGCUGCUUCUGUUGAGUGAGGAGUAAUUGUUUGUAAAUAGAGGGGAAAUGGGCUAUGUGAUGUGAUCUGAUUGAUUUUAUAUAAAGGGGGAGCUGAAAACCUGUUUUAAAAUAAGAGCUGUGGUUACUUUGUUUUGUGAUGCUGCUAUAGUCCAUCUGCUCCUGGACUGUGAUCAUUCUGUCACUGCACAAUGGAUGUCACGUCCUGUAAUAUCAGUCUUAACUCUUCUGAUGCAAGGCACCUUUGGCUUGAUCUUUAUUCCCUUCCCAGGCUUCUGCCUCCAAUUGGGAGGUUGUACAGGAAAAUCUGGAAAAACUACUUACCACUUUCCCGUGCCUCUCUUUGCGUGUUCUGCUAUUUCUCCCACCUAAUCCGUAGUCCCUGUGCUUCACUCCCUAUCCACCUGUUGCCAUUUGAUACAUGCUAGUGUUUUAAUCUUUCAUAUAAGCCUUCUCCCAUCCAAUUGAUCUAAUCCUAUCAGUAUCAGAGUCAAUGGAACGGGAUCUGAGGCUUUGUGUACUUGAGAUUUGCCCAUGUUGUUAGUUAGAGAGCUUGAUCCUCGUUCCUCGCACUGAGCUGGCGUGACUGCAGUGUAACUAAGUCAAUGAUAGGUGUUGCAAACAGAACCACCUGUGAUGUGGUUAAGAUCAAUCCUCAUGGAACCAGCAGCAGAGCUGAGUAUUAUUAAACACUUCCAAAGAAAGUCAGUGAGAUCAAAAUAGGUCAAUGUACACACACUACAAGUUUAACAGUUACAGAAAUCAAGUGGGCUUACUGGAGGAUUGAGAUUUCAUUUCAGUGGUCAGCUGGUGCUCCUGAACCACCUGAUGGGAGGAUUCAUGCUCCUCCCUUAGUGGUGGGGGGAUAGGAUGCAAUAAGUAGCCUCUGUUCAUGUGUUGACCCUGUCCCAGCUACUGUCGUGCUACUUAGAAACCACUGAGCACAGUUGCCCCCUAAGGCUGCUAUACAUGGUUGUGCAUGUUUACACAGCCAUCAAGGGAAGCUCAUUCUUCAACUUCCCUACCCUAAAUAAGCCAUCCAGACCAUGCUAUUGGGAAGAAUUUGGUUGUACACUCUGAGGUUUGAAUUACAUCUCUUCAACUAGGACCAUGGUGUGAGCAAGCAGUGUAUCCCCAGUACAAUCCUGCACUCAGUGGUCACUAUAAGGAGAAGCUGGCCAAGUGAUGCUCAGAGCACUCAUUUGGUGAUAUUGUUUAAUAAUUCUUCCAAAUAAAAAACAGGCUAAAAUACCAGUUGAGCGCAGUCCGUGUUCACUAAUUUCUUUGGUACCAGCUUUCUAUUAAAAUAAUUAAGGCUGUUAUUUAAAUUCAAGGCAUCUCAGCAAGAUUACAAAGGAAUGAAUCCUGGAAGAUCUGCACUCCUGGGAUUGGAAUCAAGUUUUGCUCCCGGUCACUCUGAUUCUUACUGGUGACUGGCUGCAUGUGAAUUAUGGGUGAGAUCAGGAUAUUAUCAGGUUACACCACCUACACUACAAUAUCUUGUAGUUACUCAACAUUUAUGUUUAAAGAAUGGCCACUAGAACUUGUAAACCCCCCCCCCCCCCCC